CACUUCUGUCCUACCAGCGGAGCCGCUGUGGCUCUAUACCCCGCCCCCUUGAGAAACCGCCAUCAUGAAAUCUGAAAGUGGCUGCUGACAGAUGAGACGCAGUUUACGGCUGGUCAUUUAAGUUAGGUAGAGGCAGCACAGAGAUGAGCGAGGAAGUUAUGGACAGCUCUGCAGUGUCAGAGGAGGAGGUUGAUGACCAGCAGGAGGCGUCGCAAAACGACCAGUCCAGUCCUGACAAAAGUCCAACUAAAACGGCUGUCGUUGGUGAAAUUGUUGACGGCAAACGGGCAAAGAAAAAAGUGGAGCGGUUGGAUUUUCAGGCACCGAAGCAAAAAGAGAAACUCAAGUUUGGAGAUGGGAGUGGAGAUAAACUAGGAGACAUUCCACGUACAAACUUCCAGAUCACCAAGAUGAAACCAGCUGACCUGAAACCUCUUCACACCAUUCUGUUCGACAGACCGGGAAAGAUGGCCUCCAUAAAGAAGAACCUGCGUCUGUUCAACGGCUUUCCUUUCAGCGCCGACAGUGAGCAGUACAACAAGAAACGGGAGAAACUGCUGAAGAACUCUCACUUCACAAACUCUAAGCUGAAAGUUGUGUGUGGAGUGUUGGAUCUGGAGAAGAAAGGAACCCACUCUGACCUGGUGGACAGGAUCAUGACCUACCUCAUCGCCCCCAAAAACAGUGGCAAGCGGGUUCCUGUGAAGAAGAGGAAAUCGAAGAAGAAGCUUUCCGGUGACGACACCAAGACCAAGACACAGAAGAAGAAAACGUCCAAACCCAAGAACUCCUCGUCGUCACCGAGUCCCAAAAAGUCCAAGGCAGGAAGUAAGUCCAAAGCCAUCGUCAUGGACUCGAGCAGUGAUGAAGACGAUGAGGAAGAGAAGAAGGUCGGUGAGUCAGUAGAGGCCGAGGCUUCUGACCCCGAGGAGCAAGAGUCGGGAAAAGAAGAAGAAGAAGAAGAGGAGGAAGAGGAAAACUCUGAGUCUGAGGAGGAGCAAGAGGAGGAGGAGGCUCCAAAGUCGAAGCCAGCCCGAGGGAAAUCGGCUCCAAAGAAGAGACAGAGAUCACCGACGAAGAAGUCCACUCCUCCUAAGAAAAGGGCGAGGAAGGUGGUGUCAGAGGAGUCGGAGUCAGAGGAGGAGUCAGAGGAGGACAGUGAAGAAGUCAGUGAGAAGCCCCAAAAGAAAAAACCUGCUCCCGUCAAACCAGCAGCUAAGACGAAGAAGGCCGACAGCAGCAGCAACAGUAAAAACUCCAACGCAGCGUUGGACGACAGCUCUGACGACGACGAGCCGCUCAUCAAAAUGAUCAAGAAGGAGCCGAGCGACGAGCAGCUGAAGGAGACGGUGAAGAACCUGCUGAAGGACGCCAACCUGGAGGAGAUGACCAUGAAGCAGAUCUGUCAAAGGGUCUUUGACAACUUCCCAGACCACGACCUGACCAACAGGAAAGACUUCAUCAAACAGACAGUCAAAACUCUGAUCACAUGAAGAUCUGAAGGAGGAAGAACGUUCUCGUAAGAAGAUUUUUUGUUUUCACUUGUUUGUUGUUUUCACAUAUAUUUUAUAACUGAUUUUUUUUUUUAGAAAAUUACGGUGUGGGUGUUUUCACAUUUGUUCACAUUCGUCACAGUGUAAAUUUUUUAGUAAAAGUUUAAAACUAACACAAGCGUCUUUCCUUGUUUUUAAAUCCAUCAUGCUCAGAAAGUUUCUCCUGUAAAUAAACAAAAAGCUCCUUUGUUUAUUUUUAUUUUGUAUAAAAAUAUGUAAAAAUAUAUUUAAUGAUAACAACCUGGGAAAAAAACAGCUGCAAAUUUUUACUUUCUGAUUUGAAAUAAACCAUUUUGA